AUGAUCAUCCCAAUCCGCUGCUUCUCCUGCGGCAAGGUCAUCGCAGAUCUCUACGAGCGCUACGUCGAGUUGAUCGGAACGGUGAAGGAGGACGGAGAGACUACAUCUGAUGGUGAUGCGAUGGAUCAGCUCGGCCUGAACAGGUACUGCUGCCGCCGCAUGAUGCUCACCCACGUCGACUUGAUCGAGAAGCUGCUGCGGUACAACCCGGCCGAGCGCGACAUCCUCAGGCAGAACAGGACAUAA